AUGCUCGCCGCAUUUUCCUUGAGAGGGCAGCUUGGAGAAGCGAAGCUUUUGUUUGAAAUCAUGCCAGAGAAGGAUAUAGUUUCAUGGAACUCGAUUCUUGCGGCAUUGGCAAAGUCUGUGCAGUUGAGGGCUGCUAGAGAAUUGUUUGUUUCAAUGCCCUUCUGGGAUAUCGUCUCUUGCAACACAUUGCUAGGAAUGUAUGCCCAGAAUGGACAUCUUGUGGAAGCAAAGACUCUUUUUCACCAGAUGAGGUAUCCAGACAUGGUGUCCUACAACACUAUGCUCUUAGCAUACUCUGAGAGCCGGAGCUACUUUGAGCUUCAGAGUUUGUUCUUACAAAUGCCAUCUUGGAACCAGGUCUCGUAUAACACAAUGCUGUCGGCGUAUGCGCAGAGCGAGAAUCCUGAAGAAUCGAAGUCUUUGUUUGAUUCCAUGCCACAGCGGAAUCUUAUGUCGUGGAAUGGACUGCUAGCAGCAUAUACUUCGAGCGAAUGUUCGCAGGCAGCUAGCUGCACUUUUAAUUCCAUGCCAGAACACAAUAUAAGCUCGUGGAAUGCUUUACUCACUUCAUGUAAGCUUGAGGAAUGCACAAUGGUUUUUGAAACUAUGCAGGAAAGAGACUUAACGUCUUGUAAUAUAGCUAUUUCAGCAUAUGCCCGAAAUGGGCAUAUCUCAGAAGCUAGAACCUUGUUUAACAGCCUGCCAACAUGGAAUAUGAUAUCUUGUACUACACUAAUAGCAGCAUAUUCGAAGUAUGGAGACAUCAAAGAUGCCAAACAGCUGUUUGAUUGUAUGCCAGAAAGAGAUAUAAUAACAUGGAAUGCUAUGCUGUCUGCAUAUUGCUUGGUAGGGCAUCUUGAAGAAGCAAAGUGUUUGUUUGAUCAAAUGCCAGAUAGAAACCUCGUAACAUGGAAUGCCAUGUUGGCUGCUUUCGCUCAGCAUGGACAUUUUGAGGAAGCAAGACCUCUUUUUUGUGGCUUUGUUACCUCUAAUGGCUUGCUAACAGCAUAUGCUUUGUCUGGACAUAUAGUGCAAGCAGAACACAUAUUCUACAGUUUACCUGAAAAGAAUUGUGUGUCUUGGACCGCAAUGCUUACAGCAUAUGCCAAGAAUGGGCAACCUGCAAAGGCCAGGAAACUCUUUCUUUAUAUACCUGUGAAAAGCCUUACUACUUGGAAUGCAUUCCUUUCUCUAAGUGCCCACAAUGGGCAAAGCUAUCUUGUAUUAAGACUGUUUAGAAAGAUGACCAUGGACGGAUUUAAGGCUGACAAAAAUACAAUCACAACUCUACUUCAAGUUUGUAGCAAUACAGGUACUGUGAAAUCUGGUAUUAAAUGUUUUCAGUCAUCAAUCUUAGACUAUGGCCAUGAUCAACCCACACAACAACAUUUUGGUUGCAUUGUACAUCUGUUUGGGAGAUCUGGAUACCUUAAUGAAGCAUAUGAGCUGAUUGAAAGUAUGCCUUACAUCCCUGAUAAACAAGAGUGGACAAGCUUUUUGGAUGCUUGUAAACACCAAAAAAACAUGAGGGCUGGCAUUACUGCUGCCAAACACUUCAAAACGAAGUGCCUGGAUUCCACAUAUGUUCUUCUUACAGGAGCUAUUUAG